AUGUGUAACGCUCACGGGCCUCCCCUGAAAAAGCGCAAGCCGCAGCCUCUGCCGCCGACGGCGUCGCUGCCCAUCUACCUCGACUACAACGCUACUACCCCGCUCUGCGAGGAGGCUUGGCAGGAAAUUUGUCGCGUGCGCAAGGCGUGGGGUAAUCCCAGCUCAACGCACCCGUACGGUCUAGCGGCAAAGUACGAGCUAGAAGAGGCACGCAAGAAGGUGCAAAAGGCGCUGCACGCGCUCUCAUCGGAGUCCAUCAUCUUCACUUCUGGCGGAACCGAAAGCAACAACCUCGCCAUUAUUGGCGGCUUGCUCGCCCUCCGUCAACGGCAGCCCAGCAGACGCUAUGUCGUCUCCUCCAACGUGGAGCAUCCUGCCGUGGCAGAGGUGCUAAAGUCUAUCGCGGGCAGCGACCUAGGGACCGGUGGAGCAGCCAGCAUCACCGACGGCGCCGAGGCGGCGUCGGGCACGACAAUAGAGACAGUACGCGCCGAAGUGAACCCUCAAACGGGUCGCCUGGAUGCAUCGACGCUGCGGGCGAUCCUGGAAAGUCUCCCUGGCGGUCCCGAGUCCGUCGCCCUCGUUUCCAUCAUGUUUGCGAACAACGAGAUUGGAGCCGUCAACGAUAUCAAGGAGCUGUGCCGCGUAACGAAGGAGCUCUGCGGGGCGGCGUGUCUUUUUCACAGCGACGGCGCCCAGGCUUUGGGGAAGGUGCCGGUGGAUGUGCAGGACACAAACGUCGACCUCCUUUCCGUCUGCGGACACAAAUUCCACGGCCCGAAAGGUGUUGGCGCGCUGUACAUCAAACCCGGUGUGACGGUCCACAACAUCCUCUUCGGCGCUGGUCAUGAGCGCAGCAUCCGGCCUGGCACGGAGAACGUGCUUCUCGCAGCGGGUAUUGCUGAGGCGCUGCUGUUCGCGUGCAAUAAUAUGGACCGCUUUUCAACUGUGAUGCGAGACACCCGUGAUGAACUGCUGCGCGUGCUCACGGUGGAGCUGGCGGCGUACGACAUGGGCCUCGUCGUCAACGGCGCCAUCGCUGUUACUCUGCCAAACACGCUCAACUGCGCGCUUUUCAGGCGGGUGCCGAACAGGAAAACGGGCUCGCCCGUCACCUAUAUAUCAGCGCAGCGGCUGAUCCUCUCCGCCGCGGAUGAGGUGUGCAUCUCGGCAGGCUCCGCUUGCCACUCCACGGCUGAGGGAGCCGAGAUCCUCGUCUCUGAUCCGCUCAAGGCGGUUCAGGCGAAUGCGGAUCGAGCGAUCGGCACCCUGCGCAUCUCCACUGGGCGCACCACGACCAUGGACGAAGUGCGACGAGCGGGUAGGAUAAUCGCGCGGCGGGCGGCGCAGCAGUUCGAGGAGUGCUGA